ACUUAGUCACUGCAAGUUCUCAGAGAGAGGCUAUGACGCUCUGUUCUCAGUUCUCAGCUCCCACUCCUGUAGUCUGAGACAGCUGGACCUGAGUAACUGUGAUCUGGAGGUUUCAGUGAAGUUUCUGUCUGCUGGAGUCAAGAGUCUACACUGUAAAAUGGAAACUCUCAGUCUGUCAGGCUGUCUGAUCACAGAGGAAGGCUGUACUUCUCUGGCCUCAGCUCUGAGCGCCAACCCCUCCCGUCUGAGAGAGCUGGACCUGAGCUACAAUCAUCCAGGUGACUCAGCAAUGAAGCUGCUGUCGUCUGGACUGAAGGAUCCAGGCUGGAGACUGGACACUCUCAGGGUGGAGCCUGCUGGAGUCCAAUGGUUGAGACCAGGUCUGAGGAAGUAUUCCUGUCAACUCACAAUCGACACAAACACAGUGAACACAAACCUCCAACUGUCUGACAACAACACAAAGGUGACACAUGUGGAGGAGGUUCAGUCAUAUCCUGAUCAUCCAGACAGAUUUGGUUUUCAUCCUCAGCUGCUGUGUAGAAAUGGUCUGACUGGUCGCUGUUACUGGGAGGUCGAGUGGAGAGGAGACAUUUGUAUAUCAGUGAGUUACAGAAGAAUCAGAAGGAAAGGAGACAGUAACGAUUUUGUUUUUGGACUCAAUGAUCAGUCCUGGAGUCUUGAGUUCUCUGAUGAUGGUCCUUGCUAUGUCUGGCAUAAUAAAAGACAAACAUCCAUCUCCUCCUCCUCCUCCUUCUCCUCCUCCUCUGUCUCUAACAGAAUAGCAGUGUAUGUGGACUGUCCUGCUGGCACUCUGUCCUUCUACAGAGUCUCCUCUGACACUCUGAUCCACCUCCACACCUUCAACACCACAUUCACUCAAACUCUUUAUCCUGGGUUUACAGUCUACCGAGGUUCCUCAGUGUCCCUGUGCUGA